AUGGUGUGGCAGGCGAAUGGCGUCACAGGAUACCCGCUGUACCGUUUGUGUGAGAUAAGAAAUAGUCUUUUGUCAAUAAUAAAGAUGUUCGGAGGUUACCACGCCAUCGCGCUGCCGCUACAGUACAGCUCAUUCCAACGUUUUAUCUACGUCAAACAGCACGAUUUUAAGCCUAACGCUAAUGCUGAAUCUAUUUUGGCUGCUGGCCGCACCGCAUACGUUGUAAAUUUACCUACGAGUACGUCGGAAAAAUGGCUUCGUGCAUGUUUAGAACCUCUCGGCGCUAUUCAACACCUUGUUGCUGGCUCUGGAGGCCUGUUUGACGAAGAAGAAAAGGACACGGAUGUUGCAACAGAUAGCAGGGCUAAUCGCACCGCUCAUAUCGUAUUUAAGGCUAAGAAAUCGCUGGACAAGAUGCUCAAAGUGGACUCUUUGGAGACGGCCGCACCUAGGAAACUUACUGGUCUACAAGCGUAUGCGACCAGGUAUCGUUGCAAUCGUCCUGGUCUCUCGGUUGUGAAGGAAAUGGCGGAUCGCUACAUGGCGUCGUUCGAUGAUAUGGAGGAGCAGGACAUGCGUAGACGUGAAGAGUUAAAGAAACAGGUGGACGAAGAUGGAUUCCAGACACAGGUCAAUACUAAAAAGCGCGGCGUUGUUGGAGUAGAAGAUGCAUUGAUCAGGCCUGCAAAGAAACAGAAGAGCAAGGAGAUUGACAAUUUCUACAGGUUCCAAACACGUGAAAAGAAGCGAGGCCAGCUGAAAUUACUACGGGAACGCUUUGAGGAGGACCGUCAACUGAUUGCCAAAAUGAAAAAGCUCUUUCUGGUUGUGCAAAAUUACAGCUAG